AUGAUACAGGGUUAUGAACCGUGGAAAGCGUUUGCUGUGAAUAAUCUUGACUUUGAGUUGACCGACGAAGAUCUUGAAUUCUUGGACAACCUAAACAGACCGGGUCCCCCUCCAGAAACUCACAUUGUUCAAGAACAACCUGCCCAGCAAGAUUUCCCUACUGAGACAGAGUAUCCUCGCGAUGACGGCGGAAAUACUCUUGAUGAGUCUCCUCUAUCGCAUUGGACCCCACGUGCAGAGGAUAAUGCGUACAUGGACCAGCAAUACCUGUCCGUGCCUAAGCAUCUUGACACUCCGAUGCUUACCGGUGUUGCCAGGCCGCGCAUUUUUGCCGAGGUCCUGACAAGAGAGAGCCGAGACGCUGCGUUUGCAUUGGUUGUCAAGAAAUGUCAGCAAAAGGGAUUGAAUCGAAUCUUGCAGUGCUUCCCAAGCGCGGAACUCCUGGAUAGCCUGAUUCAAGUCUUUUUCGCUCAGCAGAGAUCCGAAAUUGACACUUGGAUUCACGAGUCAACUAUGAAACUAAAUAACGAGAGUCCAGAAAUGAUUUUGACUCUCGCCGCCGCCGGGGCCGUUCUCUCGGAUUUGGAAGCAAUUCAGAGACUUGGCUAUGCUAUGUUGGAGAUAGCCAGACUGCAAUAUGAAGACAAUAAUACUCUGACCCGCCAUUUGAAACAACAACAAGAAUAUGUUCUUAUUCUUCAAAUUGGACUCUGGAGUGGCGACAAACGGCGAGUUGAAAUCGCGGAGAGUUUUGUGCAGCCAGUCGUGACGGUCAGUCAAAAAGCCAGCUUACCUGAUACACAAUUGUAUCCUGAAUUUCAAACAGAUGCUACGCCGAGCCGCACGCUUUAA